UCGCUUGCCGUGCGUCAAACAAUAUUGUGUUGUGGCAUUAUUUCAAGGUUUUAAACAAUUUUCAGGCCGAUUCUUGUGUUGAAUACUUUGUGAAUUGAUAGUAAUAAAUUAUUAAGCCAUGUUGGACCCACAAUUAGCUCAGAUUGAUACAGAUUUGUUGAUACAAACGAUAAAAGAGCGCCCAUGUUUGUACGCGCGAGACUCAUCGAAGUAUAGCGAUGCGAAUUACAAAAAUAUUAUGUGGGAAAACGUUGCAAGUAUUUUAUUCUCUGAUGUCUGGGAGAAAUGUAACGACAAUGAAAAAGCAGAAAAAGUGGAACUGGUACAAAGAAGAUGGAGAAACCUUCGAGCAUGCUUCCGCAGAGAGCUGACUCGUCAAUCGGACCCGAAAUGGGUAUACGGAGUGUCAUACAAGAGACGUAAAUACAUAUACUACAACGACCUCCUCUUCCUUCGUUCAGAAGUUGAUAUCAGUGAUGAUGAUACCUCACAAGACAUCGACCUACCAGUCAAAACAGAUGAUGAUAAUACAAAAGUCAAAGUUGACACAAACAUAGAAGAAAUCCCCAUAGCAGAAAUUAGGCCCGUUCCAAAACCGAAUAAAAUCGAAAAAGUCGAAGCUUUAACACCAGAACCAAUUGAAAUUAGUACAAAACAUGAACCUGAUAGCACGAAUUUUGCACUAUCUCUAGUCCCUAUGUUAGAUAUGUUACCAGUUUAUAAAAGAAUUGACGCUCAAAUAUCUAUAUUGUCGAUUAUAAAGAAGUUUCUUCAAAAUGCUGAUGACGAUGAUGAUAUGGAUAAAGAGGUAGAAGUUAGGAAGGAAAAGAAGAAAAGUGAUUAUACAAGGAAACGUAAAGUUAAUGAGACGAAUGUUUGUGUUGAAAUUAAAAGUGAAGCCGGGAGUGAUGUCGAGGAUGUUUCGAGUUUUCUUUAGUGCAGUUACGUCGUUAGUAAGAAAUAUUAAAUUAACUAAAAAUAGUGAUGAAUAAAUGUACUUUCUUUCUUUCUUUUCUUUGUUUCCAAUAAGCGGGUUACUCGCGUGAAUAUACUGAGAAAAGCUACUAGUUUCCAGCUACUAGAUUAUACCUCAGAGAGUAGAGUAUGCUGCGCGACAUCACCGUGACCGCGCACGCUGCUCAUGAGGAAGAGCCUGUCUGUUCAUGUCUGUGCACGUGAGUA